AUGAAGGGCUUCAUUGGCGGAAUUCCUGUGGCACUGCUGGCAGUUGCUGCCCAGGCCAAGUUUGCGGAAAAUCAAGCUGGUGGUACCGCCAUCGGUGGGGCUUCUGGCAUUGAUGGCGACGGCGGCUUUAUCAGCCCAAACUCCGCUACUAUCAAGCCCAAUGCCCAGGUCAACGAGUGGAGCGAGGAUGACCACUCCGUCAAGCUGCAGCACACUGAUGUGUACCCUCGUCCUGCGGGGGUGCCUGUGCCAUUCGGCCACCCCGGCUUUCCGGGCGGCCCUCAAGUCCCUGGAAUGGGACCCUUUGGAAAGCGAGAUGGUCCAGCUGGGACUGUCUUUGGUCACCACCACCACUCUGACCAUGACGAGGACAAAGGCUUCCAUAUGUCUGUGAAUGAUGCCUCCAACACCGAGGUCAACGAGUACAGCAAGGAUGAUCACUCCGUCGACGUAAAGCAUGAGGAUGUUUACCCUCACGCUCCUGCCUUUACCCACUUCCGCCGCUCCGAGAACCAUGGCCCUCCUGCCCACGGCGGCGCCCCGCACGGUGGUCACUUUGAGUCUCACCCCGAGCCUCACUACGCGCCUCACACUGAGUCACACUAUGAGCCUCACCCUGAGCCUCACUAUGUGAACCACCCGGAGCCCCAUGUCGAGAACCACCCGGAGCCUCACUACGCGCCCCACUAUAGCCCUACCUACGCGCCUCACUACGAACCCCACACCACAGUCGAGCAUGAUCUCACUUCAGUCAAGGACAACAACAACGGCCCAACCGCUGGCAAGAUCUCGUUCAGUCGUCGUGGAUUCCCUGGCGCCCCCGGGCCUCACUUCGAGGACCACCCCGAGCCUCAUUAUGAGCCCCACUCCGAGUCACACUAUGAGCCUCACCCUGAGCCUCACUAUGUGAACCACCCGGAGCCCCAUGUUCACAACCACCCCGAGCCUCACUACGCGCCCCACUAUAGCCCUACCUACGCGCCUCACUACGAACCCCACACCACAGUCGAGCAUGAUCUCACUUCCGUCAAGGACAACAACAACGGCCCAACCGCUGGCAAGAUCUCGUUCAGUCGCCGUGGAUUCCCUGGCGCCCCUGGGCCUCACUUCGAGGGUCACCCCAAGCCUCACACUGGGCCUCACUUCGAGGACCACCCCGAGCCUCAUUAUGAGCCCCACUCCGAGUCACACUAUGAGCCUCACCCCGAGCCUCACUAUGUGAACCACCCCGAGCCCCAUGUUCACAACCACCCCGAGCCUCAUUACGAGCCUCACUAUAGCCCUAGCUAUAAGCCUCACUAUGAGCCUCACACCACACUGGAGCAUGAGGUAACUGCUCUGGAGAACAACAACAACGGCCCAACCGCUGGCAAGAUCUCGUUCAGUCGCCGUGGAUUCCCUGGCGCCCCCGGGCCUCACUUCGAGGACCACCCCGAGCCUCAUUAUGAGCCCCACUCCGAGUCACACUAUGAGCCUCACCCUGAGCCUCACUAUGUGAACCACCCGGAGCCCCAUGUUCACAACCACCCCGAGCCUCACUACGAGCCUCACUAUAGCCCCACAUAUGCGCCGCACUACGAGCCUCAUAAUGAGCUCGACGAGGAUCUCACAUCGUUGAAGAACAACAACAACGGCCCAACCGCUGGCAAGAUCUCGUUCAGUCGCCGUGGAUUCCCUGGCGCCCCCGGGCCUCACUUCGAGGGUCACCCUAAGCCUCACUCUGGGCCUCACUUCGAGGACCACCCCGAGCCUCACUACGAGCCUCACGCCGAGUCGCACUACGAGCCUCACCCCGAACCUCACUUUGAGGAUCACCCUGAGCCGCACUUUGAGAACCACCCGGAGCCUCACUACGAGCCUCACUAUAGCCCCAGCUAUGCGCCUCACUACGAGCCCCACACUACACUCGACGAUGAUCUCACAUCGCUGAAGAACAACAAGAACGGCCCCUCCGCUGGCAGCAUCUCGUUUAGUCGCCGCGCCUACGCUCCUGCGCCGGAGGCUGACGCCGCCGGGUCUUCUGAGGAUCGUGUUGAGGCUCCACAGUGCGCUGCCCAGGUCCAUGAGGUUGUCCGCACAGUGACCAGGACCCAGUACAAGACUGCCGAAGCGACACAUGUCGCCUACCAGUCGGCUCCCGUCGUGGAGGCCAGUGCCAUGCCUGUUCACGCUCCCCAGAACUCCGCCGGGGCUGACCCUUUGAUGAAUCCCUACCGUGGCUCGGCCCCUGCAGUCGCCACUAGCGCCGCCUUCUCCCCCUCCCCCCAGCACUCCGCCGGGGCUGACCCGAUGGCGAACUCCUACGCCGCCUCAGCCCCCGCUCCUCACAACCAUGCUUCCCACCGUCCCAUGAGCCAGGCUGCCGAGUACUCCAUGAUCCCGGUGCAUGUGCCCAUGGCCACCCCUGUCUCGCAUGGCGCUAUGUCCCAGGCUACCUCAUCCAACAGCAUGGGUAAGAUGGUGCCCAGUGGUGUCUCUGCCGAGCAGAAGGGUUCUCCUUCUUCCUCUGCUUCUGCUUCUGUCUCUCAUGGAAUCAUGUUUCAAGGUGACGCCGCUCGCCUCUCUGGAGGAAUUAUCUCCGCUGCGGCCGCUGUCAUGGGUGUCCUCGCCUUCAUCUUGUAG